AUGGCUUCAAAGUACCCUCAGCGCAAGAUUGGCGACGAUUCCGUCAGUGCCCUCGGCCUCGGUUGCAUGGGAAUGAGCUUCGGUUAUACCUCCUUCGGCGGAUUCGAUAAUGAAGAGUCAUUCAAGGUUCUCACCACAGCGGCCGAUAUGGGCAUCACCUUCUGGGACACCUCCGACCUCUACGGGCCCUUCACCAACGAGCAAUUGAUUGGAAAAUGGUUCCAGGAGACGGGCCGCAGAGACGACAUCUUCCUCGCCACCAAGUUCGCCAACAGGUUCGUCGACGGCAAGAUGGUAGUAUGCGGAGACCCGGAAUACGUGAAGCAAGCCUGCCAGGCGAGCUUGGAACGCCUACAGACAGACCGCAUCGACCUGUACUACCAGCAUCGCGUAGACCCUAAAGUUCCGAUCGAGCACACCGUCCAGGCCAUGGCGGAGCUCAAGAAGGAGGGCAAGAUCCGCUAUCUGGGUCUAUCGGAGUGCUCCGCCCGCAGUCUGCGGCGGGCGCACAAGGUCCACCCCAUCGCCGCCGCGCAGAUGGAGUACUCGCCCUUCGCGCUGGAGAUCGAGUCCGACCAGACCCAGUUGCUGAAGACUGCCCGAGAGCUUGGCGUGAAGCUGGUGGCGUAUUCUCCGCUUGGCCGCGGCUUCCUGACCGGCUCGAUCAAGAGCCGGGAUGACUUUGAUGAGAAGGAUGGUCGAAGAAACCAUCCUCGCUUCUCCGAGGAGAACUUCAAGGACAAUUUGCACCUCACAAAUCUCAUCGCGUCCAUCGCGAAGCACAAGGGCGUUACUCCGGGCCAGCUCACUAUAGCUUGGGUCCUAGCGCAGGGCGAUGAUAUCAUCCCUAUUCCAGGCACGAAACAUGUCAAGUAUCUCGAGGAGAACGCCAAGGCUGCCACAGUCAAGCUCUCCGACGAGGAAGAAGCCAAGAUAAGGAAGGCCAUUGAGAGCGUGGGCGGCUCGAGAGGGGCUCGAUACCCCGAGGCAAUGAUGGGCGCGUUAUUUGGGGACAGCACUGAACUGAAGUGA